CGCAAAGUUGGGAAUGACGGUGGUGGGGAGGUGAUGGCGGAGGGAGCGGAUGUAUUGGACGAAGCGGUCUGUGGGACCGGUUUGGCGGAGGUGGCAGAAUUGUUCGAGGUAGUCGUCAAUGGUUUUCUGGGGGYGGAAGGUGGCAGCGAGAAGUUUGGCCCGUUGGAGGAAGGAAUGACGUGGUCCUCCAGAGGCUCGGCGGUUGCUGACUUCAGUCAUUCACCAUUUGGCGGCAUUGCCGAGGAGGCGGGCGGUGGCAAUGGGGAGCCAGUGGGCAAGGGGCAUGUGGUGGAGGUGAAAAGAGUUCUGGAGCUGGGAGGUGGAGGGAACGGGACGAUGGUGGAGGUUGAUGGGUUGAUGGAUGUGGUGGUAGAGGUGGUAGGAGUGGAGGAGGUCGGCGGGGGGGUGUUGCUGGAGGCGGCUGUGGAGGAGGGAGUGGUUUGCACUGUGGAGGUUAAAGUGGUUUGCACUGUGGAGGAGGGAGUGGUUUGCGCGGUGGUGACGACCGUGAUGGAGGGGAUGGUCCCUUCGAGCGUGGUGACGCGGUCGCAUAUGGACGAUAUGUUGGCCUUUAUGUCAUCGAGAGAGGCGGUGACGGAGGUUCGGAUGGUGUUGAGUGCGUGGAGGAUGGCGGAGAGGUCGAGGGUGGCGGUGUUUGCUGGUGGUUGUUCGCCUGCGAGGUUGCGGGCGAUGCUAUGAACUAAGUCGGUGCGGAUGUCAGACAUGUUGAUGGAGAAUGCGGCCAUGUCAGGGGAAGAGGGGGUGGAGGACGUGGCCUGAACGGGUGUGGAGGAUGCCGCAGCAGCGGUGGUGGAAGCAGCGGUGGUGGAAACAGCAGUGGUGGUGGCGACGGCGGCACGUUGGGAGUUCUUGGUUCGGCGUGGUGGUAUGUGGAGGGGGGGGGGGAAUCCCUUAUUUAUUUAUCAAUAAAUUCAAAAAUAAAGAUAAUCGCCAAGUUUUUUUCAAAAAUAAAUAAAAAUAAAUAAAUAAAUAAAUAUAAAAUAAAAUAAAUGCUGAACAGAAAG